AUGAGACAAAGGAUUAAUAAAAAGGAUGCAUCAACCUCCUCUUGGGCAGGAGCCAAAGUCCAAAAGAACAAGACUGAGUCUCGGUGGAAGAAAAGUAGCUUAAUUGCCCUGUGUGUCAUCCUCAUUUUGGUGCCUUUCACACUAAUGGUGGGAUGGGAAUUAUUCCAGCACUUUGUUUACAAGCUUAGAAUCAAGGUUCCAUUUUUUGUUGAUCUCAGACAACCUGUUGAUUUCUCCCAAAAUCACACGAUUAACAUGUACUUAACACCAGAGGAAGGAAUCUCUCUUGGUGUAUGGCACACAGUUCCUCAAACUCAAUGGAGGGAAGCACAAGGCAAGGACUUGGAAUGGUACGAAAGCACAUUAAAUGAUGGAAGUCCAGUAUUUAUUUAUCUACAUGGGAACACGGGCACAAGGGCAGCCCCUCAUCGGGUGGGAGUUGCAAAAGUAUUGAGUGCCCUCGGGUACCAUGUGUUGGUGCCUGACUACAGAGGUUUUGGAGACUCAAGCGGUGAGCCAACGGAAGCUGGACUCACUACGGAUGCCAUACAUUUGUACAAAUGGGUCAAAGAACGCAGUGGAAGCAGCCUGGUGGUCUUCUGGGGACAUUCCCUUGGCACUGGAGUGUCCACUAACACUGCGGUCAAACUAAUAGAGCAAGGUAUUGGUUUGGAUGGCGUUAUCCUCGAAGGCACCUUUCAUAUGCCCAAACAGAAACUACCAAGUCAUGUGUUUUCUUGGUAUUACUGGAAAUUCCCUGGCUGGGGAUACUUUUUUCCACAACCGUGGGCUGAAAAUAAAGUAAUCUUUCCCACGGAGAACAAUUUAAGAAAAAUUAAAAGCCCACUACUUUUCCUUCACGCGGAAGAUGAUCCCGUUCCAAUUCAGAAUGUUCGGGAAUUGUACCAGGUAGCGGUGAGAACUCAGAAUGCAGAACGAGUCAGGUUUGUGUCCUUUGAAGGUUCUUUAGGGUAUUUGCACAAUGGAAUGUACAAAGACCCCCGUCUGCCAGACAUCAUAAAGUAA